UGACUCUGCGCUGAGCGUGCAUGUCUGUUGCCGGAUGAGUGACGCCAGUUCGCGUGCGCGUGAAGAUGGCGGAGGACGGCGCGGUGGAUCUGGAGACGCAGAGAGAAGAGAUCGCGACGCUCUUGAAGACGCCGCUGCGCAGAGGAGAGACCUGGUAUUUGGUGAGCAGUGACUGGUUCAAGCAGUGGAAGAAAUAUGUGGGUUUUGACAGACGUCAGACAGGAGGCCAGAACAUUUCUCCUGGACCCGUGAAUAACUACAGCCUGUUCAACGUUGGAGAUAAGAUGGACAUUAAGGAACACCUCAUCGAUGAACUGGACUAUAUCGCUGUGCCCACGGAGGGCUGGAAUAAGCUUGUGAGGUGGUACGGGCUGACUGACGGACAGGAGCCCAUCGCUCGGAAGGUGGUGCUAGUGGGGAUGUUUGUAAAACACUGUAAGGUGGAAGUCUACCUCACCAAACUGAAUCUAUGUGAAAACGGCAACAUGGACUAUAUUGUCACGAGAAGGUUCAGCAAAGUAGACACCAUAGGUAUGAUCAGACUUUUUUUUUUCUUUAGCUGAUGGUUCUUGAUUGUUUGUGAAGCAACAAACCAACUAUCUUUGCAACCAGACAGUAUCAUUGUUUCUAGGGCUGCCCCCUAAUAAACCAAAAGAGUUAGUUGAUCAAAAUUGUA